AUGAGGGGCGCGCGAAACCCGGCGUAUGAAGCGGUGAGAGGCGCGGCGGCGGCGCCGGAGGCGGCGCCGGGGCCGGAAGCGGUGUCGAAACCGGCGGCGCCGAAACCGGCGCCGCCUCGCGUCACGGAGAGCUCGACCAAGGUGGACACGAAGGCUUUGCUCAAUAACACGCGCAUCAAGACGUACAACAACGCCCCGGUUGAUUUUCCGGCGUUCUUGCGCGAAGGUUACGACGUUAAAGUGAUUCAUGGGAAUGAUUACACCGUUCGCGAAGACGGGCUCAUCGUGAAGGAUUACUUGAUAGGCGAGGGCGAGUCGCCGAAGGAUAAUCAAGAGUGUACUUUCAAUUACGUCGCGUACAACGAGAACGGCGGGACGAUCGACAGUACGUACCGUCGCGGCGCGCCCGCGAGCACGCGUUUGGGGAUCAACGGCAUGAUUCCUGGUUUCGAACUCGGGAUCAAGGAUAUGCGACCGGGAGGCAAGCGCAGAAUCAUCGUCCCGCCCGAGCUCGGCCCGCCCACCGGUCCCGCCACGUUUUUCUCGGCCAAGCAGUGGGAGGUCUUCGACAUCGAACUCUUGGACGUCAAGUCGUGCUCUCGCGCGGGCGGCUUGGGUUCGUUCGGCUCGAACAUCGUGUGCGAGUAG